UACUUAAACGGCAAAAUGAAAUAAAAGAUAUUUAAUAUUAUUUUUUAGAUAUUUUACAGGUAGAUGAUAUCCUAAAUUAACACAAGUCUCUAUACUGAUUGAUGUGAGCAAAGCUACGGGACACAACUAAUAAUUGAAAAAAUGAAUUUUUUUUAAAUAAUUAAACUAACAAUUGCAAAGUGCUUCUACAAAAUAAUAAAAUAAUGUAACAUUAAUUACUAAUAGGUAUUAAAAGUUAGUAGUGUAACUCCAACUCCAACAAUGCCCAAUCUCUGUCAGACAUUCAAAAGUUGAAUUCAAAAUCCCUUUUAUGAAAUAAGUCCGCCAUUGUACUAAUUUUUUUCUUAAGAACUCUGUAUCCUAUAAAUUACUUUACCUUAAAACUUACUUUACAUUAAAGUGUUACAAACAAACCUAUAAGUAAGUAGACUUUUAUUCCAUAAAUUAGGUUGUUUUUGUUUUAAUAAUAUUACUACGGUUUGAAGACCGUGCCUAAUUGUCCGAGUCGGUUUCUACAUUAGCGAUAUAUCAUGCGCCUCUGUUGCACCAUUCUCCACACGUUCGCACGAUAUGCACUAACUAGCGAGAUGACACUGAUCACACAAUCCUUCCUACAGAUCCUGUUUCUCUGCGCUUACGGACGUGAUAUGCAGACAAUGAUAACAGUUGUUUCAUUCAAUGACUAAAAUGUUUUGAUCUGCGUUCGCCAUAUGUAGUAAUCCUUUUGAUAUAGCUAGAACUUAGUAUAUAAGUAUAAUAAAUAUAAGUACAAUGUAAUCAUAACUACUUCAUGGUAUUGAUUGACUGGUAGAAACAUGAAUGGGACAGAGGUACUCAAGCAAAGGACUUUUAUGCGUAGUUUCCCUCUGAUAAUGUGUCGAAUAUUGUAUUUACCAAAGCUAGUCAAAUGCAAAACACAAAAUUAUAUAUGAAAAACAUUUAUGAUCUUUUUUUACUUCUUAAUUGAUAUAAACUACGUGAAGGCUAUAAUAUAGUAUGAAUGUAUUCAUUGCUAAUUAAGGAGUUGUACAUGUAUUAAGUGUUUAUUUCCAUUGGAUAAUGUGCUAAAUUUUCAACAGUAAUUAUAUUUAUUUAAAUAGCAAUUUAUUUAUAUACGAGAUAUACAAUACUUCGUGAUUCGUCACAUAAAAUAAGUCAUUAUCAGCUACAUACUAGUUCUAUUGAAUCUCACGACAAGCAGCGACGAAGCGACGGCGACACAGUGACGGCCCAGCAGAUGCACGAAAUUAAAAGCAAAGCCACGACACGCGUGCGCCUCUUGCGUUACUUUUGAUAUCACGCUCUCUUCAUUUCAAAUCUGCCUAUAUAAACUCGAGAUAUUCAAACCUGACGUAUUCAAUAGUCAAACCUUAUUGAAACAUCUCCUUUGACAUUGCAAAGAAAUUAUUAAAACUUUUUGAGCAUAUUUUUAAUCCUUUAAGAAAUGAUUUUACAUAUACUUUUUAUUAGUGCUUUGACAUGGGCAACAACCAAAUGUGAGCCCCCGAUAAAUAGUUACCUACCUCCGGCCUCAGGAAAUGGCGGUGGACCAUCUACCCCGUUUGGGUCUUCUGGUUUAGAGCAUAUGUUGUCAAAUAGACUUGAGACUGGUGGAAAUCAAAAUCAGCCUCAAAAUUCAUACUUUCCACCAGGUCGUACAGGAUCUUCAAGUAUGUUAGAUACUCAAUAUGGUCCUCCUAGAGGCCAAAACUUUGAACAAGGACCUGGAAGUUCUUCACAAUUUGGAUCUCAAUCACAAUCGCAAGGCAAAUUUCAAAGCAGCAAUGCUCCUAACUCUCAAUAUGGAUUACCUGAACAGGCAAAGGGACCAUCUGAACGAAGUAACAAUCAGUCUCCAUCAAUUCAAUCAAAUACCAGAAGACCAAUAGGCGGGUCUACCAAUAAUGAUCUCAAUAGUCCAUCUCAUAAUAGAGUAAAUAGUUUUAGCUCACAAGAGUCAGAAUUCAGACCAGAGAGUUCUUAUGGUCCCCCACCUAGUGGAAAUUAUAUGUCUCCAAAUAAACCAUCUAUUAGAGGACCUCAAGGAAUGAAUAUUCCAUCUUUUUCUAAAUCAAAUUCAGGACAAGAGACUUUUAGUGGAAAACAACCUGUCAGUGGUCCACCCUCUUCAUUAUAUGGUACCCCUAAUUUUGGGCCUGAUUCGGGUAGUAAUCAUCAACCUAUCAGUGGUCCACCCUCUUCAUCGUACGGUACACCUAAUUUUGGGCCUGGUUCGAGUAGUAGAAGACCUGGCAAUCAAGAAAAGUUGACUUUCGAUGAUAAUCAAUCUGAAGAACCAGCUAAAUACGAGUUUAAUUACGAAGUCGACGAUGCCCAGACAGGUACUAAAUUUGGUCAUUCAGAACAACGUGACGGAGACACUGCCACCGGUGAAUAUAAUGUAGAACUGCCCGAUGGCAGAAAGCAGGUUGUCGAGUACGAGGCUGGUCUGCAAGGAUAUAAACCUCAAAUAAGAUAUGAGGGUGGCAGAAGCAAUGCUGCUUUACGAUCUAAUCCUGAUAAUGAUAGAAUACCUCAAAGCGAUAACCAAGGAUACCCGCAGGCUGAACCAGAAUACAGCUUCCCAGAAAAUAACAACAAUUUUGGUGUUUCACAAGAAAUAGCGCAAAAUGGAAGACCUGUAAAAUAUCAACAAGCUUCCCAAGGCAAGACAGGAUUAAGCGAGCAAUCUUUUAUGGGAUAUCCAAGAACAAGACUUGAAGAGAACGGACUAGAUGAAUUCCCAGGACUAGAACAGAAUAAGUUUGAAAAUAAGCCACAAUUCCCAACAGGUAAUAAUAAUGAUGGCUUGGAAACCCUUAAUGGCGGAUCACGAAACGGAGGUUACCCAGUAAAUGAAGGAACUCGAAAUACGGGUUAUCCAAAAGGUGAUCCAAGAAAUAGUAACGAGGGUUAUCCAAGAGGUGGUCCACGAGGUAAUAGCCCAAGUCAUCCUCGUAAUGGUUCCCAAAGGAAUAAUGGAAACUAUCCACAAGAUACUAAUAAAAUUAAUAAUCAGAAAGGUAAAGGUGGUUAUCCUUUCGGUGGUCCACAAACUAAUAUUAGGGGUGGAGAAGGAUACCCCAGCGGCGCACCCAACGGGCCUCGAGGAUCUGGAUACUGAUAUUC